CUAACCUGGAGACUUCACCCUGACACAAGGGGCUUCAUUGCACAGACACACAGUGUAUGACACAGUCUUAUGCAGGUGGUUGUAAGAGGAGUCAGGGAUAGCUCCACUGCCACUCUUUCCCCCUUCAGAAAUAUGCGUCUUGGAUUUAGGAGCAAGAGGAGCAAGAGAUCCCUGCACUGGCAAAAUCUGUGUGUGUGUCUAAUCAAGGCAAAGUAGAAUGUGGCCUUGGGUAAAACCAGCUCUGUCCAGUGUGUAUCUGUGCCCUGCCGCCUCCUGGAUGCUGAGUCGGGACUUGGAGUGAGCUGGAUGCCUAUGGACAGCAGAGCUGGUCGCUGGUCCCAGCAGCAUCCCACUUCACCCCAGUCUGGUACCGGUUGUGUCCGCGCUGGCGUUUGGCACAAAAGGUGGUGGUGCCAGAGGCAAGGAGUCCCACCUGGCCCAGUCACACCUGCUCUCUCUCUCUCUCUCUCUCUCUCUCUCUCUCUCUCUCUCUCUCUCUCUCUCUCUCUCUCUCUCUCUCUCUCUCUCUCUCUCUCUCUCUCUAUGCUACCCCUCAUCCCCUGAUGGGCACCUCAUCACACCGUGCCAAAAAGUCCACCGUCUCUGCUAACAACCACACCACGCCCCUAACCACCGGCCAUCGCCAUGGAGAUGACGCAGUCAAUGGUGAUGGACAGAGAGAACGGAGGGGGAGAGAAAGAGAAAGGGGAGGAGUCAUCGCCGGAGAACGGCAGACUCAUGCUGGCUGACGGAGGGGUGGCAGAGAAGGGGGACCCCAAAGUGAACUCUGGUGGGGUGUCAGGAGGGGUGUCCAACGGUUACCCCACGUCCACAGCGCAGAGCCCAAAGGAGGGAGCGGGAGGUGUACCCACAGGGGCCCCCAGGACUCUAGUGGUCCAGCAGACCAGUCUGGACCGGCCACGGGAGACCUGGAGCAAGAAGAUGGACUUUCUGUUGUCUGUGAUUGGCUACGCCGUGGACCUGGGAAAUGUGUGGCGCUUCCCCUACAUCUGCUACCAAAACGGCGGAGGUGCCUUCCUGCUGCCCUACAUGUUGAUGGCGGUAUUCGGCGGCGUGCCUCUGUUCUACAUGGAGCUGGCACUGGGGCAGUUCCACCGCAGCGGCUGCAUCUCCAUCUGGAAACACAUCUGUCCCAUCUUCAAGGGUGUGGGCUUCGCCAUCUGCAUCAUAGCGCUGUACAUUGCGUUCUACUACAACACCAUCAUGGCGUGGGCCCUGUACUACCUGCUGGCGUCGUUCCGGCCCACCCUGCCCUGGACCACGUGCUCCAACCCCUGGAACACGGUCAACUGUCUCCGCUACCUGUCCACCGACAGCAACGUCACCUGGACCAACACGUCCACCUCGCCCGCCGAGGAGUUCUAUACGCGUCAGGUACUGCAGGUACACCUGUCUCCAGGUCUGCACCAGCUAGGCAGUGUGAGUUGGCAGCUGGCUCUCUGCCUCCUGUUCAUCUUCACCAUCGUCUACUUCAGCAUCUGGAAGGGAGUCAAGACCUCUGGCAAGGUGGUGUGGGUGACAGCCACCUUCCCCUACCUUGUCUUGCUGGUGCUGCUCGUUCGUGGGGCCACUCUGCCCGGGGCCUGGAGGGGCGUGGUCUUCUACCUCAAACCUGAUUGGGGGAAACUACUCAGCACCACAGUAUGGAUUGAUGCUGCAGCUCAGAUCUUCUUCUCUCUGGGGCCAGGUUUUGGGGUGCUCCUGGCCUUUGCCAGCUACAACCCCUUUCACAACAACUGCUACAAGGAUGCGUUGGUGACCAGCUCGGUGAACUGCCUGACCAGUUUCCUCUCUGGGUUUGUCAUCUUUACCGUGCUCGGCUACAUGGCUGAGAUGCGCAAAAUAGGCGUGGAGACCGUAGCCAAGGAUGCUGGUCCCAGUCUGCUGUUCAUCAUCUAUGCUGAAGCCAUCGCCAACAUGCCCGCUGCCACCUUCUUCGCCAUCAUCUUCUUCCUCAUGAUCAUCAUGCUGGGGCUGGACAGCACGUUUGCCGGUCUGGAGGGGGUGAUCACAGCCAUGCUGGAUGAGUUCCCCCAAUUGUUGUCUAGGAGGAGGGAGUUGUUUGUCCUGGGUCUGGUGUGUGUCUGCUACCUGGGAGCGCUCUCCACCCUCACCUACGGAGGUGCGUUUGUGGUGAAACUGUUUGAGGAGUACGCCACAGGACCUGCUGUCAUCACCGUGGUCUUCCUAGAAGUCAUCGCUGUUUCCUGGUUCUACGGCACCAGUCGUUUCUGCGCUGAUGUCAAUAUGAUGCUGGGCUUCUCCCCUGGACUAUUCUGGAGGGUGUGCUGGGUAGCCAUCUGCCCCAUCUUCCUACUGUUCAUCAUUGUCAGUUUCCUGGCGUUCCCCCCGGAGGUCAAGUUGUUUGACUACAUCUACCCACCCUGGACCACAGUUCUGGGCUACUGCAUCGGGGUGUCCUCCUUCAUCUGUGUACCAGCCUACAUGGUGUACCACCUGCUCACUGCCAAAGGGACCUUUAAACAGCGUCUCCUGAAUGGCAUCACCCCUGUACCCAGUGGGCCUCACAGUGACAUUAUCAUCACCCACGCGGUCUGACCCAGUGGUCUGACCAGGCCGACUACACCACCCCCUGCUGGACAUAGAGCACAACUGCAGGACGGGGAGGGUUCACCCCCCCACACUUCUCCUCCAGAACCCCCACAGCAGACUGCCGAAGCACAGAGGCACCCUGUUCAUCCCACUUACCCCAGGGCUGAGGUGGGGGCGCUGGGCCACACUGUCUGCAGCAUCCCACACCCCUCCUCCGUCGUCUCCCUCCUGGCUCAUUCUGUUAGCGUCUAAUGUCGUCACUGGUUUCAUACUGGGCCACGCUGGUCAGAGCAUUUCAACCAGACAGAGGGUUUUUAGAUGCCACAGCACAAUGGCAUGUGUACUGUUAUUGAAGCGUAAUGUUGCCUUUCAAGUCUAUACCUGUCCAUUACAAUUGGAAUCCAUCCACACAGUAUGAGGCAUAAACAUACACGCUUCCUUGUCUCUGAUCUGUCAGGUCCACGAAACAAUGUUUAUAUCACGAGCAAACAUCUCAUCUCACGGCUUCGUUCGACGUUAUAUCCUUGUUUCAUGAGUUCUGCUUUCAGAUGUUUAGCUGGGCAUUGAUUGCAAAAUGCAGGUUUCUUUUUUAAGCUUCUCGAUGAAACCAAAUAUUCCAUGGAUAUUUCUACAGGUAUUUCCAGAUGUGAGCUGUUGUCCUGCUUUAGGAUGACUUGGUGGGAGCUUGUCAGUGUUUCUGAACGGGAUGGCUGAACCUAUGAAGGGCCUUGAUGAUGAGUGUCAGAGCGUCUCCACACGGUGAAGCGCUGUAUGUUGGUGUAGUAUGACGUAGCCAAGAUGUUGGGGGACAUAGAGACCAGUUCAGAAGAGAAAACAGGGCUUUGUCCAGUUAUGUAGGGGGAUUCUUUAGCUGCAGUAUGGAAGGCUCUGGUGCGCGUCAGCAGGCCCUGUGCAGAUCAGAAGGAGGGGGGUUAUAUUAUCUCAAUAUAAGAUGUAUAUUCUUUUGAAAUAAUUAUUAUUGCUAUCAAAUAUAUACGCUCAUGUGUUUGUUUAUCUCAUUUACUAUAAACGGACAUGCUGAUUUUAGUUUGAUUUAGUUUCUUAAUAUGUGAAACACCAUUUCCACGCGAACUGCCUAGAUCGGGAACCCAGUAUUGAACACAACUAUGUUCAUCUCCUUCAUCUCCGUCUCUCAGUCUUCAAGGAUGUGUCUGAAGACAGGUAUCGGCCUUUACUUUCGACCAAAUAGUCUGUUGUGUGUUGGAAUGGGAGUCGUAGUAUGACGUGUGUAUUAAGUGAGUCUUGGUGUCGGUGUGUGUCUCUUUGUUCUGUGAAUACUUGUCUACUCUCUUGAAUGGAUUAUGUUUGUGUGUGCAUCAGACCAGGGUGCAAAUACUAUAGGGAAUCUUUCAAGUACUUUGUGUUUUCUUUGCCUAGUGCCAGAUGGGCGGGGUUUGUUUUAGCCUGCCUCGUGCCAGAUGGGCGGGGUUUGUUUUAGCCUGCCUCGUGCCAGAUGGGCGGGGUUUGUUUUAGCCUGCCUCGUGCCAGAUGGGCUGGGUUUGUUUUAGCCUGCCUCGUGCCAGAUGGGCGGAGUUUGUUUUAGCCUGCCUCGUGCCAGAUGGGCGGGGUUUGUUUUAGCCUGCCUCGUGCCAGAUGGGCGGGGUUUGUUUUAGCCUGCCUCGUGCCAGAUGGGCGGGGUUUGCAGGAUUGCGACUGUUCUAUCGGUUCCGUUGAACCAGGCAAGCUCAAUCAAAUCUGAAGUAUUUGAAACGAUUUCAUAAUAGUAUUUUAACUGGGGAUUUGUGUACGUGUGUCUAAGCGUGCAUACCUUGCGAGGGUGCAUACAUGAGUGUGCGUGUAUACACGUGUGUGUGUGUGUGUCAGCGUGCAUGUGUGUGUACAUUAUGAACUGAAGUAGCAGUGUCAUACUCUGUCAACUUUGUCAGUGUGUGUAACCUGUGUGUGUGUAACCUGUGUGUGUGUAACCUGUGUGUGCAUGCCAGUGUGUGUAACCUGUGUGUUCAUGCCAGUGUGUGUAACCUGUGUGUUCAUGCCAGUGUGUGUAACCUGUG